AUGGCUCCAACAAACCAAUACAGAACUAGACUGAUUACUACCGCUGAAAUGGCUGAAAUAACCUGUGCUCUAGGCGAUGAUAUUUACGUUAACUUCCCAGUUCCCAUAAUACAAGACAUCCGUAAACAUAUUCCCAACCCACGCUUGAGCGGCAGUACACAGGCCAUAGGAGGAUAUUUGAUAUUUCGUAUCUUUUUCAAUGAACAAGUUUCUCAAAAGCAUAAUACCAUCGUCGCUGAAAUUUCAGCCCUAUCUUCGGAACUAUGGAACUCAGCUGAACCUAAUGUCAGACGAACAUUUAACCAGUUAGCUGAGCAGACAAUGUUAAAGUUUAGGGAGGAAGCACCAUAUAUCUGGCCUGAUAAUCAAUGA